AACUUGUUAUUUUUUUCCUUGAAGCAGAGUGGCGUUACCAAUGAACGCGUUUUGUAUAUUAUUUCGGCCAAGUCCAAGUUGGUAUCAGAGGUGUGUUUAGAUAAUGAGUUCUGUGAUCCAGAAGUUGGGUAGACUGGCGGUGAAGACGUUCCGGCGUGACCCCCAGGUGUCGGAGGCGGCCUUCACCGCCUACUACGAGCAGCUCUACUCUCUCCUCAACACCGUCACCACACACCAUCUUAACCUCGACCCUCGACUCAUCCAAGACAGAGGCACCUUCAACGCUAGCAGAGAUGGAGCACCAGUGACUUACAUGCAGUUGUAUGAGGACAGUGAUGUCACAAUUUGCGUAUUCAUCCUGAAACGUGGAGUACGCUUGCCUCUUCAUGAUCACCCUGGAAUGUAUGGGCUUUUAAAGGUGGUUCAUGGAUCGGUGUCAAUUCAAAGUUACAGUUUCAUUGAUACAAAUAUCGAAGAAAAUCAGAGUGGACUAAUGGAUAGCCGAUCUCACCCAAGUAUUUUUCCUGCAAUUAAACAUCAACAACUUAUAGUUAGUGCAAGUGACAAUGCAUGCCAGCUACGCCCUGGUAAGCAAAAUAUACAUGAGAUAUAUUCUCUAAAUGGACCGGCAGCAUUUCUUGAUAUAUUGUCACCACCAUAUGGAAAUGAUGAGCUCCUUGGCAUGGAGCGCGAAUGUCAUUAUUAUCGGGAGAUAGACGGUAACUGGAAUAAUCCACAGUUGUCGGAUGGCAAUUGUGUUUUGCUUCUUAGCAUACCCACACCUAGUGAUUUUUGGUGUGAUCAAACUGACUAUCAGGGGCCCACAAUUGGUCAGGAUGGGGAGGAAAAUAGUUAAAGGAUCAUACAACCUGGAAUAAUGCCUGGUAAGAUAUUCAUAUUUAGUUUUAUUCUUAUUACAUGACCAGAAAUGUAUGCAGUUAAUUAAUGGUGAAUUUGUUUACGUUUUAUUAUUGAUAGUUUUAUUUUCAAUGUUUUGAUGGGGAUUUUUGGUUUAUCAAGAUCUUGCUUCUUUCCCCUGUCCAUUACUUAGUGUUUUGACAGGGAAGUGAACUAUGCAUGAUUUUUCACCUUGUAAGUAUAGCAGCCUUCUAUUUUUUUCUUGUAAAUUUGAAUCAUGCUUGCUUUUCAUCUUGAGAAAAAUAUUCUCAGGAACUUGAUACUGCUUAAAGCCACACAAACAUUAGUGGGUCAAGGAAGAGAUUUAAUAUGUACAUAUCUCUCGUAUUUUCUUUAUCUUUUUAUAUAAAUAUAAUCUUUUGGAUAUGAAUAUUGGGCUAAUAAAUAACCAAAUAGUGACCAUGUAACUUUAGCAAUAUCUUGUUCUUAAAUAUCUAAUAGGUAAACAAUUUUAAAGAAUGGCUCUCUAAAGGUCUUGGUAAUCUUAUUACAGCUAUGCACUCCUCAUGUAUUGAUUAUUCAUCCACACAAGUGGUUACAUUAACAUGAUCUGUUGUGGACUGUUCUUUAUUGCUUUUGAAGCUGAAUGUUGCGAGUGUGUGUUUACCGGAGCACCUGCUGUUGCUUCACACACUAUGCUUCCUCAGUCAAAGUUUUUGUGAACCAUAUUUAAUUUUUCUGAAUGGUGACAAUUUUAACAGCUAAUUGUUUGGAUACGACACUCCUCUUAACUUACUAAAAGUUUUAUUAUACAGUAAUUGACUUUGUUUUGUGCAA